GUGAACUGUAUGUAUACGCAAACACACAUGCGUAGCCACGUUUGACUAUUAUAGAGGGGUGGCAGGUUGCCUGAAGAUUAAACUCAAAGUAAAGAGGUUCGCACACACUUGUAACAGCAAGGGCAUCGGCAGAGAAGUGCUUUUAGCUCUCAAAAAAAGUUGAUGUAUUGAACAUCGAAGAAGCGCAAAUCGAAAUCCAAGGUUGGCGUACAAACUGAAAAUAUAGUCGCAAGAGCAGAUUAAUUGGAAGAGAAAUAAUUAGAAGGUACUGAACAGACGUCUUUGUACCAUACUACAAAAGAUUGGUAGUUCAGGCGUGGAACAGAAGUCGGUGUAUCAAACUUAAAAUUUAAAGAGUGCUAAAUUAAAGGUGCAACAGAUAUCAGUGUAUUGGACGUAAAAUUAUAAGAGCGCUAAUUAAAAGCUGCAGUAUUACUGGUAUUUCAACAGAACAUUGAAAAGAGAGUGAGGAGGGAGAUUGCUAGUUUUUCUCUACUGAGCAUUUAAGGAGCUUUGUAGCCAGCAGAUUUGUAUUGCAAGAUGACUGUUAACAAUACCGCUGAACCCACAAAACUUGAAACAUGGGGAUAUGGUUUCCUCUUUGUGACAAUCAUAAAUGUCGGUGCUGUACUUGGAGUAUGCGUUGUUCCGAUGAUGAACAAGCAUCUUUACAAAAAAGUGUUAAUGUUUCUUAUAUGUCUGGCGGUUGGCACAUUGUCGGCAAAUGCUGUACUAAGCCUUAUACCAGAGGCUCAUGGAAUGUUAGUGGAUACUGAAGGGCAAAUGUUUGUGUGGAAAAACAUGACAGUCCUCGGUGGAAUCUAUCUUUUCUUUUUAGUUGAGAGAAUUUUAAAAAUCAUAGCCAUUAAGAAGAAAGAAAAACGUCAAAUGGCUGGUCCAGAAAAGGUAUACACGGUCUACGAAACAAAAAGUCCAUCCAAUCACUUUACACCACAAACGUUGGAUGACCAUUCCAACGCACCUUGUAACGGAACCAACAUCCAGUUUCAUGUGAUGUUGAAUGGUGAUGCGGAACGUGACCAGAUGAAUGGUGAUAUUAUAAAUCAUUGCAAUCAUGACCACUCCGACAUGGACUUUAGUACGACAAAAAAAGCAAUCGCAUCGGUAGCGUAUAUGAUAGUAUUUGGCGAUGGUCUUCACAAUUUUAUCGAUGGCUUAGCGAUCGGCGCUUCGUUCACACAUUCGAUCGCAAGUGGCAUUAGCAUUUCUAUAGCAGUGAUAUGCGAAGAAUUUCCGCAUGAGUUAGGUGAUUUUGCUAUAUUACUUAAAUCUGGUCUGUCAAUUAGGCAAGCCGUGAUGGCUAACCUUGCCUCGGCUGUGACAUGCUACUUAGGAUUGGUCCUAGGCAUCGUCCUAGGUGAAGUUACGUCAGCGGGGGAGUGGAUCUUUGCCCUAGCCGGUGGCAUGUUCUUAUACAUAUCACUCGUGGACAUGCUUCCUGAAAUUAACAGCAGUUCUGAUCCCAGUUUGUCACCGACCAAUUUACAAAUAUUUCUUCUACAAAACGCUGGCUUACUGCUUGGUUUUGGAAUCAUUCUUCUCCUUACUUUAUAUGGUGGUGCGAUUGAUCUAACCACAUAGAACAUAGAUGUCUUAAAAUUUAAGAUGUGGAUACCCCAUCACGUCAGUAAGGUUUGUAUGGGUUCAAAACAACCAGUCAGGCCACAGGUUGGUCUGUCCUCAGGGUGUUAAUAAUAAUUGAGUACCACCCUAGAAAUUUGGUUAUUUUGACCACUAUGCAUGAAUCUAGCUUAGACACAGUUUUAGUCUCCAUUUCAGUGCUUAAGGUCCAGCUAUAAGUGUUUGAGGCUUUAUAUGCGUUUCUCAGAUAUUAUUUAUUUGAUAAGAGCAAUAUUCUGAAUUUGUUGAAGCACUACAUUGUACAGGGUUUAAAAUACAACCAAAUAGAACUAAGACGCUAUAAUUUAAUC